UCCUCCAUUGAAUAUUCUCUUUGUUUUUUCUUUUCUUUUCUGUUGAAACAUGUUUGGUUCGCGGGAAAAACAAAGGAAAACAGAAGGAUACAUUUCUUGAAUCUUUUUUUUUUUUCUAUUGUCUAGUUUGCUUCGCUUUUUCAGGUUUCUAGCUUUGAGUUCUUCCAUUUUUCCUGCAUUUUCUCUCUUUGAACCGAACUGGAGUUUGUGAUUAACUUCACAAAGCUGCUGGCUUCGAGUCGUUUUGCUUUGAGUUCUUAAUCAGUGAUUUGUUAAAAUAGUUUUGUUCUGUAUUCACUUUCUUCGGAGUGUUUAUAAGUCAACUGUCAAUUGCUUUGUAUUUGUUUGUAUGAACACGCUGGAGUUUGUUGAAUUCUUUUUUGAUAAAAGAUUUAGUUUUGUACUUUUCUGUUUGGUUGGUCAGAAAAUGGAGGGAAAAAAUUGAAAACGAAGAAAAUGAAUAGGAAUAAAAUUGGUGUGGACAAGCUUGCCUGAAUUUGUUUCUUUGUAUCCCUGGAUUUGGAACUUGAUUGUAUAAUGUAUAUGUUUUUGUUGUGUUUGCUUUGAAUUGGUUUGUAUUUGUUUGUAUGAGUACGCUGAAGUUUGUUCAAUUCUGUUUUUAUCAAGAAUUUAGUUUUGUAAUUUUCUUGUUUGGUUGGUGAGAAAGUGGAGGGAAAAAGUUGAAAUAAGAAAAAAAAAAAAAGAAUAGGAAUGAAAUCGGUGUUGAAAAUCUUGCUUGGAUUGUUGUUUGCUUCCCUGGAUCUAGAAUUUGAUUGUAUAAUGUAUUUGUUUAGUUUUGUUUGCUUUGACAUGGUGUUAGCUUAGCAAGGUCUUUCUUUUUGCAUAGGGAGGUUGAUCUUUUGGAUUAAUUAUGCAUCAAGUGGUAUGGUUAUGGUUGCUGUUAUGGAUUUGGCCAAUAAAGAAGCUAAUGACGCAGAAUGAUACAUAAAAAAUAACAUAUAAUGAUAUGAGUUUUUUGAGCUAACUGUUUUCUUUUUCUUUUGUUGGGAUAUCCACUUCAGUAACAUUGGCUGUGCAUUUCUAGCAUGGGAUUUGAGGAAAAAGCUAUAAAGCUGCAAGUCAAGAAGGACAAAACUUGCCAAACGGAAACAAUAUGUGUGCAUGCUUUUAAGGAUUUGACCUAUGUUCCUCCGGUCAUGUUCUUAUACCUUCUUAAAGAAUGUUAUUUUCAUGGAAACCUGAAGGCAACUAAAAAGUUCCGAGCUCUCCAACAACAAGUCUGCCAUGUUCUACAUAAUUCUCCCCAACCUGGCCCAGCUACUUUUGUUGCUUAUUGUCUCUAUAUCCUGCCCAUAUUUGGGCCAUAUUGUGAAGGUUUCAGUCACUUGAUCGUGUCUGCUCUUCAUCGUUUUCUAAAAACAGCAGCCACCACUGGAGACUCUUUGGAAGCAAAAAGUUUAGCUGCACAGUUAUUUCUCUAUAUUAUUGAUGGUUUCAUUGACCAUGAUGAGAGGAUUGCUGUGAAGAUACUUGAAGUUUUUGAUGUCAAGUUGACUGAUGUUGAGAAAGUUCUAUCCCAAUUAAAGGUUCAGAAUGACUGUAGGUCUGACAGUGCAAAGAUAUUUGUUGAGCAGUAUAUAUUUGGUUUGAUAGAAUCACAGUCAUAUAUGACAGCAGUCAAUCUGUUAGAACAUUUCUCUAUCCGUCAAUCUGGGGAGUCUUUUCUUCUCAAAAUGAUGGAGAAAAAACAAUUCAGAGCAGCAGAGAAGUGGGCAAUGUUUAUGGGGAAGCCAAUGUUAUCCAUACUCGUCCAGGAGUACGCUGACAGGAACAUGCUAAAGAAUGCUUAUGUGAUUAUAAAGAAGAACAAUCUCCUGCAAGAAUUUCCAGAUGUGCAUCACAAGUACAAAGAAAGUGCAUUAAAGAAGCUAGCAGAAAAAGCAUGCUGGGAUGUUGCAGAGUCAAAGACAAAUGGUAACAGACAAUUAGUUGAGUAUCUGGUUUAUCUGGCCAUGGAAGCUGGUUAUUCAGAGAAGGUUGAUGAACUGUGCAAUCGUUACUCCCUUGAAGGUUUUUUUAAAGCAAAAGAACUUGAAGCUAGUUUUCUGCAUCGUCGCUUUUUAAAUCUAAAUGAAUUGGUUGUAGAAGACAUAAUUUGGGUUGACGAAGUUGAUGGUCUUUGUAAAGCAACAUGCAACCUUGAGGGAUCCAAAGUUGCGGGCCUUGAUUGUGAAUGGAAACCCAAUUAUGUAAAAGGUAGCAAACCAAACAAGGUUUCUAUCAUGCAAAUAGCUUCAGAUAAGAUGGUUUUCAUCUUUGACUUGAUAAAGUUAUAUAAGGAUGUGCCUGAUGUGUUAGACAAAUGCCUAUCUCGCAUCUUGAAGUCUCCUAGAAUUCUAAAACUCGGUUAUAAUUUUCAAUGUGAUGUAAAGCAACUAGCUCAAUCAUAUGGAGAUUUAGAGUGUUUCAAGUCCUAUAAUAUGCUACUGGACAUUCAGAAUGUGUUCACAGAUCCCCGAGGUGGCCUCUCUGGUCUUGCAGAGAAAAUAUUGGGAGCAGGCUUGAAUAAAACAAGACGGAAUAGCGACUGGGAACAAAGACCAUUGACUCGGAAUCAGCUUGAGUAUGCUGCUCUGGAUGCUGCUGUUCUUAUUCAAAUAUUCUUCCAUGUUCGUGAUCAUUCCCAUCCUGCCGAUGUAUCAGAGCGGCAUGACAAAAUUGAAUGGAAAUCCCACAUUGUUUCUUACAUUGAUAACCCAAAGAAGUCCAAAAAGGAAUCUAACGUUAGAAAAGAGUUGGAAGUUGAGGACAAUGAGCCAUGAGAAUAAGUUUUCGUCCCAACCACAUUACACCAAAGUAGUACUAAUUCAUUGAGGUUAUGAUUGUGAAUAUUCUCGAUAUUGACAUGGAGAAAGGGACCCUAUCAUAGCAAUCAGUCGAUCUGCUAUCCGUCCCUAUGGUAGUCUGCUCAACCUUUGGGACCUUAUUCUUCUCUCACCUUCCGUUCAUCGCUCACCUUGCUCUCUUCCAUUUUUCCAUUUUUUAAAUCUUUUCCCCUGCCGGUCUUGUUCGUCUUCUUUUUGUUCCUUGUAAAUAUUCAUCCUGCUCAAGUGAGCUAGGUCUUAGACUCAAUAAUCUCAAUGAUUGUACAUUGAUGACAAUUUAUUUUAGGAGCAAAGAUUUGUAAUUGAGGACUAAUUUGAAGUUCAUGGAAUCUUGUCAAGUUUAUUAUUA